GCUGAGCCCCAUAGCAGCCAGCGUCUCCACGGCAGCCCCGGUGCCUGGGGCCCUCUCCCAGCUCCACUCGCCUGCUUCACCCAUCGCAGCGUGCAGCCCUGAGCUGGGACAAACCUAGUGAAAGGGAGUUUGAGUGACAGAGAAGGCUUUCUUCAGGUCUAUUUCUUACCAAACUCCACAUUUUGCUGAAUUGGAUCAGAACUAGAAAUUUGUACCAUCUGUGGUGAAUUAAGACAUUCACUUUAAGCCCUCCAUGGGUCGACCACUGUAAAGGUGCAGGAGUUUUCAGCAGGAAUAUAUGAUUACAGAGCUGUUCCAGGAGCUCUGCUAAUCAGCAUGGUAUCUGCUUAAACACCUGUACAACAGCUCAAGCAGUAAAGAUAAAAACGGCUUCAAGACUGUGAAGAGCAGGUGCAAUUAUGGUCACACUAUUAAUACUUAGCUUGGUGAUAGUGCACAAGAGUCUCAUCAGAGAAGAUCUCAGGGAUUACAGAUGCCACGUGGGAAGCUCCUGGGCAGCCGGCCGCGUGCGAAACAUGGAUGUCUUCCUGCAAGCCCCUGGGAUAGCUGAAACCAGAGGGAAGUUAAGCAGAAACCAUAAAGUCACAUUUCUGGAAUGCUAUAGUCAUCAAAGCUCCGUGCAAGUAAACCUGCUGCACCUGGAGAAGAUGCGUGGGGCUCUGACAGAGCGGGUAGCGGAGCAAUGCACCGUGGAGAGCCUGCAAGUCAUCCCCAGCACAGCCAGGGUACCUGCUCACAACCACACCUGUGUCUUACGGACAUCCACGAGAAGGCAGUUCCAUAGAAGAUUUAUUUUUAGAAGUAAGGUGUUUCUGGCAGUGAUUUCCAACCACACCGAAACAGCAACUCUGCUCAAGCAGAAAGUUUUUUCCAAUGGUUCAUCCACCCCCCACGUGCACCAAGAGAAGCAGACCACGCGAGAGAGAAUUCCAUCCUCAAAUGGCAAAGAUUUGCUGAUGAAACAAAAUAUAAGUACCUUCAUGAAAGCGUUCAUCGUUUGCAUCCUGUUAACUCCCAUGAUAUGCUACACCAUACUUUUCAUACGUGAAAUAAGCCACUUGUGCUCGUGCCCUGACUGGAUCAGCAGCAGAUGGAGCAGAAGCAAACGCAUACCUGCAGCCUCCAUCCCAGAGGAUCACCAGUCAGGAACACUUUCAGCCCAGCUACUUAAGGACACAAAGAAGUCAGUGCUAUGUUUUGCCUGACUCUCAAGACUCCCUUCCACAGAUCCUUACAUGAGAAGAUCCCAAAUUAUUGUCAUCCAUGAAACCUACUUAAGAAAUGCUGCAGGCCUUAGAGAAACACCCUUUGUACCUACAAAAAACACAUCACCUUCCUCCUCACCACUUACUGGGAACAGCAGAUUGAACAUCAGCAGCUUAAAUAACCACAGCUCCAACCGCUGCAGACUGAAACCAGACUUAACAUCAGAAGAAACAUUUACCUGGUUAGGAGCAAUCACGUCAAUUCACUGUGAAAUGAGGUGCUGUGAAGACACCUACAUGCUGAUUCCUUCCAUUAACUACCUGGAUUCAUGUUUUAAUUCCCAGAUACUAGAAAAACCUGUUGGCAUAAGCAAUAAAUAUUUCAAUGUCAUUCCAAA